AUGGUUGGGCUUGGCUGGGUUAACUCACUGGCCCGCCCGCUCCAAGUAAGGAGUUGGGCCGAGGACUUUGGGCGAAGGCCCGGAGUUCUGGGCCCCUAUAGUUGGAGGGUACUGCGUGAGGCUGGUUUAACAGAGCAGCGUGCACCUCCCGCUCCUGUCGGUGGAAGGAUAACGGGCCGGUACCUAUCUGAUGUUCAGGUUUUUGAUCUUAGAAAUUUGGCAUGGUCUACUCUAAAACUGAACAUGGAACCAAAAGCUGAUAAAACUACUGAUGGUAGUUCCCUGGAAGUUCUUCCAGCCUCUUCAGGCCACAGAAUGAUUAAGUGGAAAAACAAACUUCUUCUUCUUGGUGGUCAUUCAAAGGAUAAUUUUGACAGCUUGAAAGUGCGAUUCAUUGAUUUGGAAUCAUACCACUGCGGUGUUAUGGAGACCUCUGGAAAAGUUCCGGUGGCUCGCGGUGGCCAGUCUGUAACACUGGUCGGCUCUAAAAUAAUAAUGUUUGGUGGAGAAGACAGUCAGAGGCGACUGCUGAAUGAUGUCCAUGUUCUUGAUCUGGAGACAAUGAUUUGGUGUGCGUUGGAGACGGUGCAGACACCUCCAGUUCCCAGAUUUGAUCACAUAGCUGCUGUGCAUGCAGAACGCUACCUUUUAAUUUUUGGCGGUUGUUCUCAUUCAAUCUUUUUCAAUGAUCUUCAUGUACUGGACUUGCAGACUAUGGACUGGACCCAAAUGCUUGUUUAA